CAAGAAGCUCAUGGCUUACAUAAUGUCAUGGAAUCGGCACGCUCUUGACAAUGGCUUUUGUUGAGGGGUGUUUUUUCAAGCUCGAUCAGCUGUCGCAACUCCAUGUUGUGUCAGAGGUUUGGGUCUAUGAGUGCAGAUGAUUAGUUUGGUAUCUGGUUCAAAACCAGUGCAGUGACUACGCACGGUGCGAAUACCUUUACCAACGAAAGCAUUUCUAUGUGAAGAAACACAACCUUUGGAGCAAUGGCGGAGAACGGACACUACGACCAUGACGUCAGCCACAUUCCCCCGCCCUUGCAUAUGGAUCGUGUCGCAAACCCCGCACCGUUGGGUCUUUUUGCAAUUGCGUUGACGACCUUCGUAUUGUCGUGCCACAAUGCAGCCCUCUUUGGUACCUCGGUGGCAACACCCCCCAACGUCGCCACAGGUCUCGCUUUCUUUUAUGGUGGCCUGGUACUGCUUCUGGCAGGAAUGUGGGAGUUUAAGGCAGGGAACACUUUCGGUGCAACCGCAUUUUCCUCUUAUGCAGCUUUCUGGCUCUCUUACGCCACAAUACUCAUCCCCGGGUUUGGAUUCCAAGAAGCUUUUGUGGGGGGUUACGAGAAGGAUGCUCUAAAUACUGUUGCGAUUUUUCUUCUAGCAUGGACCCUUUACACUUUCAUAAUGUGGCUGGGCACUCUCAAAGCUAACAUAGCUUUGAGCGCCUUGUUCGCCUUUUUGACUCUCACUUUAGCGCUACUCACCAUCUCCGACUUCAUGCAUGCCCACGCAGGCUUAAAAAAGGCUGGUGGAUUCUUCGGCGUGAUUACUUCCCUUAUCGCGUGGUACAUGGGCCUUGCUGGACUUUUAACCCACGAAAACUCCUACUUCACACUUCCUGUUGGAAAUCUCAGCAAACAUUAGAUCGGCGUAGCUGGAGCUCGAGUGUGUGCAGGAAUUUGACGCCUUUCAGUUUUUGACCGGGAUAAGUUCAGAUGGCCAAAUAAGCUUCUUACUUCAGACAUAUACUUAGUGUCUUGCAGAUGACAAUUUAAAACAGAAAUUCGUCUCAAUACCAUCUAGUAACAGCUAAUUUACGGAGUGUAUACUGUAGCACGAAGCACUGGUUAGGACGUGCCAGGGCUUUAUUGGACAGCGAGUGUGGUGCUUAGCUGCACGAACUUGUAAGUCAACCAUCAUUGAUCUAUGCAACUGAGCGCAUUCUAUCCUCUGUUUGUUCAA